UCUGCUGACACACACACAGAGGACAGUCCGCUCCUUCCCGUCCUCCACGCCGUCUCUACAUGGAUGCUCGGUGCGGUUCGGCCCAGAUCAGAUCGAAGGAAGUCCAGUCCAGCACCGGGAGCAGGAGAACUGAGGAACCUGGUACCAACUGAAGGACCAGCAGCUGGUACUGUUCCUUGUCCCACUCAGCUGCAUGCCACGCCCACAUCACUAUGAACUGUGAGCAGGACUUUGGAGACGGGGGUCUGGGAGUGACCCUCACACUCCGUCUGCUCAUGCACGGGAAGGAGGUUGGCAGUAUCAUAGGAAAGAAAGGAGAGACGGUGAGACGGAUACGAGAAGAGAGCAGCGCUCGGGUCAACAUCUCUGAGGGCUCCUGUCCAGAGAGGAUCAUCACCAUCAGUGGCUCCACAGACAGCGUCUUCAGGGCCUUCACCAUGAUCACCUGCAAGAUGGAGGAGGACCUGAGCGCCCUGGUGGCCAACGGCACCAUCAGCACCAAACCUCCAGUGACCGUCAGGCUGGUCAUCCCUGCCAGCCAGUGUGGCUCUCUGAUUGGAAAGGGAGGGGCCAAGAUAAAGGAGAUCAGAGAGAGUACGGGGGCUCAGAUCCAGGUGGCCGGGGAUCUGCUCCCUAACUCCACUGAGAGGGGAGUGACGGUCUGUGGGGGUCAGGACUCGGUCAUCCAGUGUGUCAAACUCAUCUGCACCGUCAUUCUGGAGUCUCCACCCAAAGGAGCCACCAUCCCCUACCGCCCCAGCCCCCCACCAGCUGCACUCUACAUCGCUGGAAACCAGGUGUUUGAAGCCUCUGACUUUGCCCCCCACCCCUUCUACUCCGUGGCCCAGUGUGGCCUGGACUUCCAGCAGGCCUACGCUCUCCAGAAUCAGUACGGCGUUCCACACUCGGAGCUCACUAAGUUCCAGCAGCUGUCACUGCAGCAGGGCCUGAGUCCAGUCGUCCAGUCUGCUGCCACCAUCAUCCCUGGGAUGGACUCCACCCCCCCCACGUCUCAGGAGCUGCUCAUCCCCAACGACCUCAUCGGCUCAAUCAUCGGACGUCAGGGAACCAAGAUCAACGAGAUCCGUCAGGUCUCAGGAGCUCAGAUCAAGAUUGGCAGCCAGUUGGACGGAACCAGCGACCGCCACGUCACCAUCAGUGGGACGCUGGUCAGCAUCAACCUGGCCCACUACCUCAUCACCUCCUGUCUGGAGACGGCUAAGUCGACGGCCCAGGCCGCCACCGUGGCGGCGCCGGUCGAUAUCAACAUGGCCUUCACCCAGCCGGCCUCCCCCGCCGCCUCCCCCACUCCCACUCUGGCUGCUCUGAGCACACUGACCCCGGGUCACGUGUUGACCAGCGGUCCGUACGGUGCCAUGUCCCUGUCAGGCCUGCUGGGGGUGAAGUCCGUCCCCUUCCUGACUCUCUCCUCCAGCCCCGCCCCCACCGUGGCAGCCCCCCCCACCCCCUCUCACACCACUCUGGCUGCCUACACCGCCAAAAUCUCCUCAGCAAAUUGCAUCAAAAAGCCAGAGAGACAGAAGUUCGCCCCCUACUGACGUGGAGGAGGAAGUGUUCUUCCACCGCAGCCUGAUGUAGCCACGCCCACGGCAGCAGCGCUCUAGACUUUAAUCUGUGAUGCACUACCAGAGAAGAGACCAACGCAGACCUGGACGAAGACGUCUGUCGUUACUGAUCAUCAUCAUCAUCAUCAUCGUCAUCAUCGUCAUCAUCUCUGAACAGCUGUUUGAGGAGGUUUACAUAUUUCUCAAGUCAGAGAUCAGUUCUCAGUAUUUAUCCUUCAGUACAUUUGUAAAUUAUAUUCCGAGGACAAACUGAGCUCUACUCCACGAUGCUUUUAUACUAUGACUAUGUUUGCCUCAAAGUUUUUUAGAAAAUUUGUACAUUUUUUUAAUGUUCUUUACUGUUCAAUAUUCUGUUCGUUUUGUUGGAUUUUGAUUUAAACGUAGCUUGUUUAAUCUUUAUUUAUAACUAUUGUUUCAAUUAUUAAAGCUCUUUGUUUCCUGACAUGAAAGCAGUUUUUAUUUCACUCGUACAGGAGACACGUCAUCACCAGGCGGUGCUCUCACACUGACUCACAGCCAGGGGGAGACAGUGAGCACAACAGCAGGCAGCGUCGACCGCAGGUUAUUUUUAUUUUCCUACAAACACUGCAGGAUGACGCCCGUGGUUCCAGCUGCUGCUUCACUCAGGCAGACACGGGCAUUUAACCAACAACCCAAACGAUAACAACACGUGGAAGUGUACGUCACACUGUACUGUGUCACUCGGACUGAUCACGCUGUACCAAAAUAAAUCACAACGAUUUCCUAAAGGAUUAUCUAUCAAUAUUAUCAAUAUCUUCAUCAGAAUCCAACGCAGCAACGUUGCACUCCAGGGCAGAGGGUCUGCGACGCCUACUGGAUCUAUGGAGGUACUGCAGGAGGGUUUGUUCAUCAAUCAGAAUUUAGUCAUUUGAACAAGUUAUCAAAUAAUAAUAAUAAAAGAAAAACACCAUUGAUGUUCAGUAAAUAUCACCGUGCUCUACGCUGUCAGUUAAAACUCAAUCAAUGCUAUGAAAUAUUAUUAUUAUUGUUGUUAUUAUUAUUGGUAUUAUUGUUAUGACUGUCAUACAGGUAGUAUGUCAGUGAAGCACUCCGUCUGAAAAGAACGACUUGUUCAACAGUUCAGUAAAUUAGUGACUACAAAUGAAUGGACCGGCGGACCUCUACAGGACACUUGACUUCCUGUUAUGGCUAACUAGCGCCACCUGUCUCUUCGGAAGAAGAACAGCAGUAAUAAGCAGCGGGUGUGCUCACGUCUGCCCCCCUCGGUGCACCAGUGGUGCUGUAGUUCGAAAACCAAACACUGACCCACAGAGGAAUACGUCACUGCAGUUUUUAACAAUAACGUGGCUCACCUUCACGAUCAGGUUUCCACAUGUACCACCAGAGGGAGCCCUAAUACCACUUGAUCGACCGAGCGACUUCACACGCAAACCAACACAUUAUCUUUACUUGGAGAUGCAGUAAUCAGUGAGAAACAGCGCCCCCUACGGGUUCAUUCUCCACGUCAAAUGUAAGGAGGGAAGCAUUGGAAGUGAUAAAAGAUUGUCUUUAAUGUUUGGCAUUCCAUACCACAGCAGUUACGGGAGUAGGAAAACCACUUUCACAACCAAACGAUGUUUGAUCAUGCUAAUACCAUAUGUACAGAAAAGCACACUGAAAAGUGUAGAAAGUAUUUAUAUGAGAAGACGCCGGGGACAGCCACAGUCUGAUGAAUUUGUCCUUUUUCAAACACUCAUUAUAGAUAUUUAUCAAGUACAUUUAUCUCUGAGUACAUGUAUAUACACAGAACAACGGGAGAGGGUCGGAAUUAUUCUCAAAAAUAUUUCACAAUAACGCCGUAUGUACAAUAA